CUUGUUUCCUCCUCCUCGCUUGUUUCCCCCUCCUCCGUUGUUUUCUCCUCCUCCUCGCUUGUUUCCUCCUCCUUGCUUGUUUCCUCCUCCUCGCUUGUUUUCUCCUCCUCGCUUGUUUCCUCCUCCUCCUCGCUUGUUUCCUCCUCCUCCUCGCUUGUUUUCUGCUCCUCCUCGCUUGUUUUCUCCUCCUCGGUUGUUUUCUCCUCCUCGCUUGUUUUCUCCUCCUCCUCGCUUGUUUUCUCCUCCUCCUCUCUUGUUUCCUCCUCCUCCUCGCUUGUUUUCUCCUCCUCGCUUGUUUGACCCUCCUCGCUUGCCGUAGUCGCGCUGGCAGAUGUCGCACAACAGCGGGCUGAGGCAGGCAGUCAGUCAGUCGGUCAGUCAGGCCGUGUAAUCGGAAGCGCAGGUGGGGAGACGGUUGCUGGCCAUCUCUAGCUGGCUAGUCUCGUUAGCUAAACGCAAGCGAUGGCCUCUGAAGUGCUGCUCUUGCUGGUGGUUUCGGGCUCGGUUUGGAGCCAAGUUGCCGCAGAGAGACAACUAGUGUACGUGACAGUGUUGUUCCGUCAUGGGGACAGAUCGCCGGUCAAGGCCUACCCCACUGAUCCGUAUCAAGAGAGCGCAUGGCCACAAGGAUUUGGACAACUCUCCCAGGAGGGGAUGAGACAGCACUUGGAGCUGGGCAAGUUUCUGCGGAAGCGAUACAGUGAUUUCCUCAACGACAGCUAUGACAGACAUGAGAUUUCGGUUCGCAGUACGGACUAUGAUCGGACUCUCAUGAGUGCCGAGGCCAACCUGGCAGGUCUCUACCCACCCAGUGGUAGGCAGAUCUUCACACCGGACUUGGAGUGGCAGCCGAUACCUGUACACACAGUUCCACAAGACCAAGAAAGGCUCCUGUCGUUCCCGCUCGGAGACUGUCCUCAGUACAAGCAGCUGAUGAAUGAAACCGAACACACAGAGGAGUUUCUCAAUGUCACCCGUCAAUACCAGGACUUCAUAGAGCUGGUGAAGAAUAAAACAGGAUUAAAGAACGCCAAUGUGGAAUCUGUUUGGAGUGUUUAUGACACACUCUACUGCGAGUCCCUUCACAACCUGACUGCCCCUGACUGGGUGACCACCGAUGUUAUGGACAAGCUCCGGCACCUUAAGGACUUUGGAUUUCGGGUAAUCUUUGGAGUGUACAAACAGCAAGAGAAAAGCAGGCUGCAAGGAGGUCUGCUGUUGGGUGAAAUAGUGAAGAACCUUUCCAAGAUGGCCGUCCCAGACCCAAAAAAGCGACUGAAGCUGAUGAUGCUGUCUGCGCAUGAUACCACAGUAGCAGCUCUUCAGGCCAGCCUGAAUGUGUUCAAUGGAAGACAGCCGCCUUACGCCUCUUGCCAGAUAUUUGAGCUGUACAGAGAUGACAACGGCUCUGCGUCAGUAUCCAUGUUCUACCGAAAUGACAGCAAAGUGGCGCCGUACCCACUGACGCUACCGGGCUGUGCUGCUGACUGCGCCUUGCACGACUUCGUUAGACUCACACAAGCCUCUAUACCGGAAGACCGGGAACGAGAGUGCCAGGUGUCCUCGGAUAGUGAUGACAAAGAAGUGAUUGUUGUUCUUGCGGUGUGCGGCUGCCUCCUCUGCCUCCUCCUCCUCCUCCUCCUCACCCUGCUCUGGCGGCAAAAACAAUCCGUCACCAGUCGGGGAUACCAUCAUGUGAUCAGCCAGGAGGCAGGAGAGAAGAAUGAUUCCUGACAGAUAUGCAAGCUCCUCCCACAAAGAGUUAUUGGCCACGCCUCCUGGGACAGCAGUGACAAUGAAGACCUUUGAACCUUCAGACUAAACUUUGACCCCAAAGCCUAACCUCUUGAUAGUUUUAAAUUAUAUAUAUAUAUGGACCCACUGUGAGGAUCUAAAUGCUCCUCAUUUGCCAUUAAGAUUGUUGUUGUGAACCUCAAGUUUGUCUUAAAAGGAUUUAUACCUGAUGAUGAUGAAAGAUUUGAAAAUUAGAGGAUUUUAGAAAAAAGUGUAUGUUCAGAGGAUUAGGCCAUGAUGUCAGUAUUGGUGGGACCAGUACUCGGACCAGGAAUCCUUUCUUCCUGGGUUUUUAUUUAAACAUUGAGAUCCAGUAGAAGUAAAGUACAGUUUCUGUGAACUGAAUGUGUCAUUUAAAGUUAACUUCUGCUGGUGGAAGAGUACAUUUGUUUGGAAGGAAUAAUCCAAAUACCAGAUUUCCUGAUUGCAGUUGUACCUUGAAAAAAGGUGACUGAAACAUAUCAGACAUGGAAUCAGAAUGUUGUUUUUCCUCCGUGCUUUACUGCACCUGAAUGCCAGGGUAUGAGAUGACAGUGAGUUUACUGUUUGUUUGCUUUUUCAAAGCUGUCUUGCUUGAUCAUUAGAUUGCACUUUAAUGUGCGUGCAGGAACUGGCACGAGAAGUGAUUUCUGUCUCUGCGUCUGUGUCCCUCUGACUGUUCUUACAUCUGUUGCUUUUUACACGUGCUUACUUGACCGCCUAAUGACCACGAUGCCUUAACAAACACUUGACUUUUGAUAAUGGGAAGAAGCCACAAAUGUUGUCUGGGCUUUUUUAAAAGAAAUCCUUGCUUUGUUUGCAGAAUGGUGUAUUUCUUGAACUGUGUGUCUUUUAUGGGGAAGAUUGUCGGAGUUAUUGGGAAAGUGGUACGGUUAGUUUGGUAAAAAGAAGUUGGGCAAAAUAUUUUACUUUGUUUCAGCAGGAUUCUCUAGGAAUCAGGGAAACCGAGCUUCCACUGACCUCGUGAAGAGGGAGGGAGGGAUAAGAACAAUCCUACGAGAUGUUUAAACUGCCUGAGCAGUGGAUCCACAACUUGUCGGAUCAAAUAAAGUGGAUGAAACAUCGUGGACUGUUUUUGAAUAACAAAGUGUUGAAUUUAUGUUUUUUCUCUCUUCACCAGAUAUUUGUCAUAUCGUAGUUAAAGGAUUUCAAUUAAAGGAAAAUUGAUUUUCUUCAACUUGGGUCUUUCGGUGUUUUUCAUCAUUCCUGUCAAUUGUUAUUGUUGGAAGUGGAGGUCACAUGACUGCUGGAUUGGGGAGCAGGCGCCCUGGAAGCUGGCACGGGUGCAUUAAGUUUCCUGAGUUCGUUCACCGUUUGCGCUUCAGUUGAGCAGGUUUCCUUUGUACUUGAGUGUAUUGAUUAGUUUAUUCCUUUUCAUCUGCUAUUCCAGGUCAUGUUACCUUUGUCAUUUUCAAGUCUCACAUCCAAUCUCGCCAGUCAAUUCUGGCAUUAUUAUGAUUUAAGAGGGAUGUAUUGUUGUACUGACUGAUGUGAAGAUAAUGUGAUAGAAUUUAAGUUGAUUGUAGAAAUGACGCCAUUCAACUGCAGCUUACUCUGACUGAAAUGCCAGAUUAAAUGUUGUCAAACAGAA